AACAAUAUUCUAUGUUCAAUCAUAUCGUACAUAUGACAUUAUUUGGACAGAAAUUGUAUUUUAGAAUAAAAUGAAAUCUACAAUUGCAAAUUAUGGUUUGGGUAUAUCAUUAAUGUCGAGUAUGCAUUUAUGUUGAAUUAAUUAAUCUUAUUGUCUUAAUAAAUUUUAGAGGGAAUGCCCCUACUCAUGGAUCUGCUGAUAAGUCCAGAGCAAAUGAAUUGGGAAUCAGCUAGAGUAUACUGCGAGGAAAGGAAUGGUCUCCUGAUCAAUCUAGAUAGUCAGGAAAAAUGGGACUACUUCACCGCCCACGAUCAAUAUCGGGAAAGUCAUGUGUUCGCAAGACGUUUCUGGAUUGGAGUGCGAUUCAGUGACGAUUCUACGUGUAACGGAACUGGAGAGUAUCGGUCAUGGGUGUUUGAUGGAUGGGGCAGAUGGUUUGGCGAGAAUUCAGAACCUUACGAUUGUCCGCAUUUUCGAUGUGUCCAAUUGAUCUAUGGUUGGAUGAUGACGUUUUCGUGCAGUGACCAAUCCAGAGCUCUAUGCGAGAUAGAAUUGCUUAACGCAACAGAGACAUCAAAAACAACACACGCUCAGUAUAUAUAUACGAUAUCCCAAACAGAAGGAGAAGGUACGGAAUCCGCGCCGCCGAUCACUUACAGAAAAUCAGAAUCUGAGGUUUCCCUUCCUGUUUCAACUACGACAUGUACACCAGGAAGAACUAUUUUCGGAUCUAUGGAUUCAUCUAUACUUCUCGGCACUAUCAAACCUGGGUCGUCAUCUUCGGUUUCAACUACGGCAUCUACAUCAGGGAGAACAAUUGUCGGAUCAAUGGAUUCAUCUACUUAUUUCGGAACUCUCAAACCUGUGGCGUCAUCAUCGGUUCCAACUACGGCCUCUACACCAGGAAUAAACAUUGUCGGAUCUAUGGAUUCAUCUACUGAUUUCGGAACUCUCAAACAUGUGGCGUCAUCCUUGGCUUCAACUACGGCAUCUACAUCAUGGAGAACAAUUGUCGGAUCUAUGGAUUCAUCUACUGAUUUCGGAACUCUCAAACCUGUGGCGUCAUCCUUGGCUUCAACUACGGCCUCUACAUCAGGAAUAAACAUUGUCGGAUCUAUGGAUUCGUCUUCUGAUCUCAGCACGUCCGAACCCGAUGCUUCUUCAGUGUCAUCUAUGCUUCUUACGGUGGCAGAAGGAAGUGUUACGUCAUCUGUUCCGAAACCAUCCACGCUUACACCUUCGAUGACGUCUCUGACCCCUUCCGACGAAGAGGAAAACACUACAUGUGGUAAGUGCUGCUCUCGUGAAAUAAAACCACGGACAUUUGACCAAGGCGAAGUUGAAGAGAUCCUGCGUAUGUUAAAGACUGAGUUGGCUGUAAAUAAAACUAAUCUCUCUUCCCAGAGGCGUAAACUCAUCAGCGUGUAUGACUCCCGGCCCAGUAGUGCGGCCAUGGGAGGUUUGGCUUGUUCCAUCCUAGCCACGCUUGUUGGAGUUAUCGUUGUACCGGACGCCGUCGCAUUGGGCAGGUUCGUGUACAAACGUUUCAAUACUCAACAUAAAACAUUGAUUAUAUAGUUUGAACUACAUAAAGCGGCAUUGUGUCUGAUUAAGACAAAGUUAUAGAUAAUAUCAUAGUCAAAGACGAGACAGCUUAGAACAGAUGUGGGGUUACAGCUUGAUGUUGACUACAAAAUCCAAAAAAAGAUGGACAUUACACAUAUAACAAGUUACUGAUGUGCUCAAGCAUGAAGUUAAUGAUCACCUGUGUUAUGACGUCAUCGACUGAUUUACAGGGUUAAACAACAUUUUGUAAUAUGGCUCGAGUGUUUCUUUAAUUUUCAUUGGCCAAUUUCCUGUUUUCCUCACACGGACCUAUCAGUGAGUAAACCUGUUCGUGCUAAAAAUAGCUUGGCUUGGAAAUUCCUCUGACAUUGCGAACCUGUUCGUGCAUUUUUCAGCACGAACAGGUCGGCAAUCUUUGCCUCCAAUCACGCAACGUGUUAUUUUGGACAACAGUCAGUCAGAAUACUUGAAACAAACGAUUGUUCGGCAUCACUUUGUCUACGAUAUGGCAGAUAAGAUACACCAACAGCGCUUUGCCCCAAUAAACGAAGAGGAAUUACAAAAUAUUUUGACGAAAAAUGACAUGUUGAACACCGGAAACAUACUUAAGGUGAAACAAAACUAUUCCGGCAAUAUUUAAGUGUCAAAGGUCACAGUGUAUGCCAACUUUUUUAAACUUUAGUCAACAUGAUUUUGACAGGAGCCUUGGGAUUCUUUUUCUUUAUUUGUUUUAGUUGGCCAUAUAACAAAACAGUUAUGAAAUUUUGUGUUCGGUGUAUACGAGACUAUACGGGCCUGGUCGAGAGUUUUUUCACCUCGGCCUGCGGCUACGAUGAACAAACUCUUGACCAGCUGGUUUGUAUAGUCUCGUGUUCACCUCAACAAAAGUCAAUAAUUGUAUAAUGUCUAUGUCUGAAGGAGUUGAAUCUAAUAAACCGCUGUGGAAUUAUAUAUGUGUUUAUCCUUAUGGUUCUCACGAAGUGCCAUUGUAAAUUU